AUGUCCCACGCCCCCGACGAAUCCCAGCUUCUCUACUUCUCGGCGUACGGCCGGGACGUACUAGUUGGCAACCCCGAAAACGAGGACGAUACUCACCUUGUGACGCGCGAGCAGUUCAGGCUCUUCGUCGCCUACUCUCACGCUCUACGCAACAAACCCCCCCACGCUCGACCCCCUAGCCCCCUGGGCUAUGAGUUCUUCGCCCACGCUUUCAAUAGCGAGGGGUUGCAGUCCACGGCAUCGUACCUUGAUGAGUCCGGCGCGGUGGUGAGCAUCGGGUCUGCCCUAGAGGCCACGGACGUCAUCAGCGACGAAGAAGAUAGUGAGAUCACCGUGUCCACCUCCCGUAUGGAGCAGAUGGAGAAGAUGGUGUGGCACACUGCGAUCAGCGCCACCCAUCAACGAGAGAAGAUAGAGCAGAGACGCGCCGGUCAGAGGAAGGAGCGCAACUUCGGGCGUAAGCAGACGCAGAAGCUCAAUAAAAGGGGGCUGGGGAGGGUUCGAAAACAAGCCGACCUGCCCACUACAUACCCGGUGACGGGUUCCUCCUCCGUGGCGCCCCCCGAGGAGGCUAUGGCCGAGAUGGACUGA